GCUCGGGGAACAACAUGAUCAUCACCAUCUUCAUUCUUCGAGUUGAGAACCAGCCCAAAAUAGCUGCAAGUGCUAUUUCCCCAACUUACGUGGGCGAGACCAUUAUCCAGACACUAAUUAGAAUGAUCGGACGAAUACAACUCUCGCACCGCUAUAGCUGAGUCCUCGACCGCCCGCAAUGUCGCGGACAGCGAACACUUCGAAUGGGCUGGACAAGGACGAGGCUGGCACUCGCCGCGGAAGGCCAUGGUUGUUUCCUUCGAACCGCAAGCUCCGACAUUUACAAGGCAUUUCGAUCCGCAACCUCGUCACCUCUCCCCCCUGAGCAGGCCUCGUGGGAAGACUAUUGACGAUGAGGAGAUCCCAAAUUCUCUACAAUCCCCCUCCAAGCUCCUAGCUCAAAGCGCAAACCGGCCCUUGCCACAGUCACGAUCUUUUGCCGACCUCAAGAGCGCGCCCGCCGCAUCGGACAAACGUGACGAUGCCGAGCAGCAACCUGCAUCGCGACUACGGAGGAGAAGCAUGCUCCCGUGGAAUGACCCCAAUCCACAGAUGAGACAGAUCAAGCUGGAGGAUAUUACGAAAACCAGGAUGGCAGAUACGUGGUUCUCAAUUCAUUGCGACGGCAUCGAUACGCCUGUCUAUGUGAGCGAAGUUGUGGAGAAUGCUACCAACCCCAGCUUCAAGGCCUUUGAUUUGAACGUUUGCGGACCGAAAGUCUCCCGCGCGGAUUGCCUUACACUCAAGCUCUGGGCGAAAGCAAUAUCCAUGGAGGAGUAUGUGUUGCUGGUUGAACUGCAAUUGUGCCUGCAGUCGCUACAGUUUCUCGGCAAAUCGUUGGAUAGCUUCCACCAACCCUUGCCCUCGAACUCCGUUCUUUUCCAUCUGACAGACGGUGUGUAUACUAACCUAACUGGUAUUCCAUCCUCCAACACCUUGAUACCUUCGGGUGCGUCAAAAUUUUCAGACGGGGUCGUUUUGCCAACGUCUUCCUACGACGCCCUGAUGCGCUUGGCGAAUUUGGACGAAUGCAUUCAAGACGCACUCGCCACGAGAGAGAAACUGGAGUCGCAAAUUAGUGCGAUUCUAGAAAAGAACCAUCAUGCCAUGACUCUCACAAGCGACGUCUCCCGCGCCCAAGACAAGCUUGCUCUGACCAAGCAUGCCGUUGCGGCGGGGAAAAAACAGCUCCGCGCAACGUGCAAGCGCAAAGAGGAACUUAUUGCCAGUAUCAAAGCUCGAAGAGAAGCCAUGGAGCGUGGACGGUACAGUCAGGAAAAGGCUCGCAGUCAUCUUCCAGACGCUCAGCAGAAAUUGGCCUCCUGCUCUAAGGUACUGAAACAGAAUACUGAAGAGACCAAAGGUCAAAUUCGGCGCAUUGCCGAAGACUUACUUGCGAUUUACCCCAUCGAGCCAAUUCCCGACAAGCCGCUGGCGUUCACUAUCGCUGGGCUUACCCUUCCCAACUCGAAUUUCGGCGACAUUGAUCGGGACGCCGUCGCGGCUGCGCUUGGGUAUACCGCGCACCUGGUUUACUUGCUUUCGUUCUACCUAUCAGUUCCGAUCCCAUACCCGAUUAAUCCAUAUCUAUCGAACUCCUUGAUUCAAGACCCAGUGUCCGCCUCAUUACCUCAACGGACCUACCCUUUGUACCCGGUCAAUGUCCAGUACCGGUUUGAAUACGGAGUCUUCCUGCUGAACAAAGACAUUGAGUUCCUGUUGAAUAAGCUGAGCCUGCGAGCACUCGAUAUUCGACAUACUCUCCCCAACCUGAAAUAUCUUUUGUACGUUCUCACCGCUGGUACCUCGGAGAUCCCAGCACGCAAGUCUGGUGGGAUUCGUGGUCUUUUCCAAGGACGGCUGACUCCCAGCCUGUCGCGACGGGGAAGCGAAGACAGUGUUGGCUAUACUGAGUCGAUAUUUCCUCGCAAAGACGUGAGGCCGAGCUCGAAAUUAAAUGGAGAUCUCGCGUCAGACAAGGCCAAACAAACAAGCCCACCCUUGACUAGCUCCGCAACCUCCUAUCAAGUGGCUUAGAAGGUCAUUCCGUCUGUUACCUAAUAAUGCCUCAUUAGGUAGUCUUGAUGAGUACGAUGUUUGUCUUGUCUUGUCGACGGUUGACCAUUUAUCUAUCCAUGUACCCGUCUCUUAUCUGUCUCUUUUCCCAUUCGUGCGAUGGUCCCCGUUUCCCACUUGAUUCGUUACUUGGUAGACGCCAUGAUGCAACCUUCUACCUUCUUCCACAGUUUCUAGAAACCCAUUAACAGGUCAUAUCCUUGGCGUAUUACUGUUGGAUUGUCGUGCCUGGCCAUUUCUGGGCUAGCAAGGAGAUUCUGUUCCAAUGAGCGGACGCCAUCUUCGCUGUUAUCUGUACUUUAAUUAGGAAGAACAGGGAAUCUGCGCGAUUCGCCCUGAUUAGCCCAGAGUCUGAUACCUUAGCAUUAUUAUUGAUAACAGAUAUCCCUCUAAGCCUCUCACGACUGGUGAACCACAGGAUACGAGGAACUUGGA